AUGGGUCUGCCCACCAUCUUUCGUCGGAAACACGACUCGGACGGGUCCGAGGACGCUACCUCAGGAGCCAGGUUCACCAGCUACAGCGAGAACCCAACGCUCACACCCACAUCCGAGACGCCUUCAAUCACCAACGUCCCAGUGGACAAUCUGAAGCGGGAUCCGGAGCUUGACCCGAAAUCUGGAGAGCCGACCGUGGCCGAGGCGGAGGUUGAGGACGAUCCUGAGAUUACCGCGCUGCCACUGGAGGUCCGCCAACUAGUCAGUCUCACCGACGAUCCGACGCUGCCAACGAUUACCUUCCGCUACUUUGUGCUAUGUAUCAUCUUUGUUUGUCCCGGAGCUUUCCUUUCGAUGAUGAGUCACUUCCGUACUCGGGAGGCUCCGUAUUCCGUCUUCUUCGUCCAGAUUGCCUGUCACUACGCCGGUCACUUCUUGGCUCGAGUGCUUCCAGCCUGGGAGGUUCGGUUGCCGUUCACCCGCUGGUCGUUCAACCUCAACCCCGCGCCAUGGAGCAUCAAGGAGCACGUGCUCGUCACCCUGACUGCCGCCUCCGGAGCGACCUACAAUCUGGGCUACACCCCCAUUGCCAUGGCCGAGCUAUUCUAUGGUGAGCGGGUCAAUGCCGGGGUUGCCAUUUUCUUCAUGUUUGCCAUUGUCUGGAUUGGAUACGCGUUUGCCGCCCUCGUGCGUCAGGUCUUGCUGUACGACCCCAUGUUUAUCUGGCCUCAGGCACUCAUGCAGACGACCCUUUUCGAGAGUUUCCGCAAGCAAGACCGAUCGUCGCCCCUUGCGCGCCGACAAAUGAAGAUCUUCUUCUUCUCUCUGCUGGGUAUGACACUGUGGCAAUUCCUGCCGGAGUAUGUCUUCCCCUUCACUUCGUCGCUGGCCUUUCUGUGUUGGGUUGCCCCCCGUAACCCGGUGGCCAACUUCAUUGGUUCUGGAAUAGGAGGAAUGGGCUUCCUGAACCUGUCGCUCGAUUGGUCCAACAUCAACUGGAACGGGUCUUCGAUCCUGUUGACUCCCUGGUGGACCCAGGUGGUGUUGUUCGCAGCGUUUGUGUUCAACUGUUGGGUGCUUUUACCCGCGGCCAAAUGGGGCAACCUGGGGUCGUUCAAGUACGGAUUGAUGUCCAAUUCGCUGAUGAUGGCGAACGGCACCACUUAUCCCACCCUGAAGGUGCUCACGUCGAACUACAAUCUGAAUGAGACCGCCUAUGAGCAAUAUGGGCCGAUGUACAUGGGUCUUCAGAAUGCCUGGGCGACAUUUUUCGACUAUGCCAAAAUCACUGCCGCCGUGACUUGGAUCUUGACUUUUGGGUGGACACAGGUCUACACCAACGUGAAGAAGUUCAUUGCCUCCCGCAAGAAGGUCUCGGAGACUCCCAACCAAGGCCUCAACUGGCAGUAUCACGACCGGCUGAAUGUGCUGCAACGUGCCUAUAAAGAAGUACCUCUGUGGUGGUACGUGGCUCUCUUCAUGGCUGGGUUCGUGGCUCUGAUUGUCAUCCUGGCUUGUGGUUAUCUCUGGAUUCCGAUUUGGACGCUCUUUGUGGGGUUGUCGACCGCAGGCGCGCUGGUGUUGCCGUUUGGUUUCUUGUACGCCAUUUCGAACUACCAGAUCGCCGCUGGCUCAUUCAACGAGCUGGUUUAUGGAUACAUGGUGGAGACCAAAGCGGGCGCCGGGCACCGUCACCCUUGCGGACCCUCGGUGUAUGGCUCUAUUGCCGGUGAUGCAUGGUAUCGGGCGCAGUACAUGCUUCAGGACCAGAAGAUCGGCCACUACAUGCAUAUUCCUCCCAAGACUGUUUUCUUCUCCCAGGUCUUCGGUACGAUCCUGGGCAUUCCGAUCAAUUAUGCGGUGAUUCGAUGGGUGCUUGACACCAAGGGUGACUAUUUGUCCGGGCAGACGACCGAUCCGCUUGGGCAGUGGUCUGGGCAGUCCCUGAAGUCUUCCAACACUCUUGGUGUCCAGUACGCCGUACUUGGCCCCAGCCGUCUGUUCAAGGAAGCUGAGAUGCGUCCCCUGCCGUGGGCGUUCCUGGUGGGAGCGGUCCUGCCGCCCAUCCUCUACAUCGCGCAUCGCCUGCUGCCCAAGUGGCUGCGGAUCGACCUGUGGAACGUCAGCAUCUUCUUCUCGGGGAUGGCGGUCUUCUACGGUAAUCUCAGCACGGGAUACACGUCGGCCUUCAUCGGCGGCUACGUGGUGAUGUACUGGGCCUACCGCCAUCGCUUCGAGGUGUGGAAGCGAUACAGCUAUAUGAUUGCGGCGGCGUUCGACGCAGGGUUCAAUUUGAACAUGCUGCUGAUCUUCUUGUUCUUUGGAUCCGGCAAGCGGGUGUCGAUGCCAAACUGGUGGGGCAACAAUGCUGAUUCCGUGGAACGAUGCUUUGCAUUGGAUUCGUGA